UCUGAAUUAAAUCUGAAUAACCCGAAUAUUGACUGCCUGUAAACAAACAGCUUGUUCCAAUUGAAAAAUGAUGGACCUUGGAAGCUUGCAGAGUUCCAAAAACUAUGAAUUGCAAGUGGAGCUAGCAAGCAGAUAUAUAAGCAAAUGGUGAUGAGCCUGCGGGUGUCUGAGCUCCAGGUGCUAUUGGGCUACGCCGGGCGCAACAAGCACGGACGUAAGCACGAGCUUCUAACCAAGGCGUUGCAUCUGGUAAAGGCAGGCUCGAGCCCCGCCGUGCAUAUGAAGAUCAAGGAGCUGUACCGCAGACGCUUCCCUGCAAAAAUGGUGUCUCACUCCGAGCUCUCCUUGCCCGGACCGCAUCACCCAGCCACAGCGGGGGUGGUUGGAGGAGGCGGAGCCGCUUUGCCUAGUGGCCUGACACAGCUGGCGUACGAAGGCCACGCAGGUCACGGUGGAACCCCGUCACCAGCCGCCUUACUACCCCUCUCGCUACUCGGCCCCGGAAAGCACGAGUUCACCGGGUUGACACACCACCUGUCCGCUGCAGUCCCGCUACACCCCGUCCAUCCAGAUGUGAAGCUCCAGAGGUUGCCAUUCUAUGACAUGCUUGAUGAGCUCAUCAAGCCAACCAGUCUAGCUUCGGACAACAGCCAGAGAUUCCAGGAGACAUGUUUUGCCUUUGCAUUAACGCCACAGCAAGUCCAGCAGAUCAGCAGUUCAAUGGACAUCUCGGGGACCAAAUGUGAUUUCUCAGUUCAAGUCCAAUUGCGGUUUUGCCUGUCAGAGACAAGCUGUCCUCAGGAAGAUCAUUUUCCACCCAGUUUGUGUGUGAAAGUAAACGGCAAGCCAUGUAACCUGCCGGGUUAUCUUCCUCCGACCAAAAACGGUGUUGAGCCCAAGCGGCCCAGCCGACCCAUCAACAUUACCUCACUGGUGAGAUUGUCCACGACAGUCCCUAAUACCAUUGUGGUGUCCUGGACUGCUGAGAUUGGAAGGAAUUACUCUAUGGCAGUGUACUUAGUGAAGCAGCAGUCCUCCACGGUGCUUUUACAGAGGCUUCGAGCUAAAGGCAUAAGGAAUCCAGACCACUCCAGAGCACUCAUCAAAGAGAAGCUAACAGCAGACCCAGACAGUGAGAUAGCAACAACUAGCCUUCGUGUGUCUUUGCUCUGCCCGCUCGGAAAAAUGCGGCUGAUGAUUCCAUGCCGGGCGCUGACAUGCUCCCACCUGCAGUGCUUUGACGCCACACUGUAUAUUCAAAUGAACGAGAAGAAGCCCACCUGGGUUUGUCCUGUUUGUGACAAGAAAGCCCCUUAUGAACUCCUCAUCAUUGAUGGGCUUUUUGUGGAGAUCCUGAACAGCUGUGUGGAUUGCGAUGAGAUCCAAUUCAAGGAAGAUGGGAACUGGGCCCCCAUGAGGACAAAAAAGGACUUACAGGAAGUCUCCUGUGCUGCUUUAAGCAGCAGCCUGAAUGGUCUGUGUCCGAUGUCUGCUGGCUCAGAUCAGCAGAUCUCCUUGUCAGCCAACCACAGCAGUGGCAGUAAUGACAGCAGCAGCAAGAAAAUGGCGGUGAUCGACUUGACGUUAGACAGCUCCUCAGAAGAUGACGAGCAGGACACUCCGCCGCCACUGCCGCCGCCGCCUCUACCUUCAUUGCCUCCUCCCGCCAAACGAUCCUGUCCUUCCAUUUCCCCAACAUCGCCGCCCAUCCUCAACAAAGGGGUGUUGAACCUGCACCAUCAGGCCUCCCCGGUGAGUCGUGCAUCCAGCAUGCCAGCUAUGGACACCAGCUACAUGCCUCCUGUCCCGCCACUCAUCCAGGACUAUAGACCCUACUACCACACCACCAAUGACCUUCCAGAUUUGAACUUCUUCUCGUUCCUGCAAGGUGACAAUCAUCAGCAUUACAACAUGGUGAUGGCGGCGGCCGCCUCCGCCUCGGAUGACCACGAGCUUCUGCUCAACCGCUUCCUGCCCUACAGCACCUCUGGCUCCUCGGCAUCUUUACUGACGCCGCCCUCCAACGGGGCCGGCGGGUCCGGCAGCAGCAGCAGCAGCAGCCUGGUGUCGUCCGGCGGCCUCCGGGAUCCUCACUCCUUAUCCUCACACUCGCAUGGCGGGGUGCUGGCCGGCCGGGGUGCCGCAGAAGCAGCCGUGGCAGCUAUUUACGGAGGCAUUCCUGAUGUUAUAUCGUUGGACUGACUCACAAAGAGUCGGGCCGGAUCCAGAGAUCAAUUUGGCUGCAGGGUAGAGAAAUGACUCGCAAACCAGACUAGAAUCGUGCGACUCCUCUGUGGAGUCGCCGCCUAAGAGGAGCACCAGGCAAUGUUGCCUUAAACUGUCGUGAAGGUCAGCUGGGCACAUUGACGUUUUUAGUGGCCGGCGUUAUGGCUUUACAGCUCUCAACCUGGCACAAACAGCAAAAACUCAACGGAGGACAGCUCUCUCUUUUUUUUUUACAAACUCUAAGAGAGGCAUUGUGUACAGAGAACAAAAUCUAUUUUCUUCUUUGACUUUUGUACGGUCAACGGGGACACGUC